AUAUAUUUUUCCACGAUUUCAGCACUCAGGUUAACCAUACCUAAAUAGACACAAAAUACUGCAUUACACAAGACUUGUUUUGGCAAACUCUACACAAGGCCAAAGCCUUCACCCAAACAGAAGGGCCUCAUGUCCAAUUGUGAGUUUGGCUCCCAUUUCCCCCCAGAGGACAGCACUGGCAUUACAGACAACAUUUUCCAACAGCUGAAGACCAUCAGUAAUCAGGAAGGCUCUCACCUGAAGCAAUCAAAUCCACUCUUUUUAAGUCUGCAGCUCCAGCUCAGACUUCAGGCCAACAAACACUGCUCGAGGAGAUUUUGACAAAUACAGUAGAGACAACUGUUUAAAGAGACCAGGGUGGCUGACGCUUCCUGUAGUGAUGGCGGCAUCGUUACCACAGAAGCCAGGCAUGGCAGGGAUGCCCCCGCAGCAGCAGCAGCAGCAGCAGUCACACAUGCCCCCCACUGGCGCCUCGGUCGCAGGUCAACAGCCAAUGGCACCCCAGGGUGCCCUGAGAGAGAUCUCCCCUGUGUUUCUCUGUCGGAUCGGACAGGAGACCGUCCAGGACAUUGUCACUCGCACCAUGGAGAUCUUUCAAAUCACACGAGCCACGCAACUUCCCAACGGCGUGACUCAGAGCCAGGCGAUGUACCAGGAUCGCUUCGGCAAACUUCAGGAACACCUGAGGCAGCUCGCCCUGCUCUUCCGCAAGCUUCGCCUCCUCUACGAACGCUGCGUGGAGAUGACUGCUGACCUGCAGGAGGGGCCGGCAGAGCUUGUGCCCUAUAUUGGAGAAGAGCUGGUCAACUUCAGAGUGGAGCCUUGUAGUCCUGCUGUCCACCAGGAGAGGAAAGAAGUCCUUGAGAAAGUGCGCCAGAAGAACCAGGAAAUGAAGGUUCUCAUGGAUCAGAUGAGGAACCUGCUGUGGGACGUCAACGCCAUGUUGACUCUUAGGAAAUGAUCAAUUUGAUGCACAGACUUUUCAAAUGUCCAAGUUGGCCAUGGACUGCACAACGGAUAAGGGGACAUCUUAUUUCUAUAAGUUGCACUGUUUUUGUUUGGAGUUUAUACCCGGAACCCACAAUUAUGUUGGGUUUUCUGUUUGAUGAGCUCCACACUACUUUCCACCUCCUUUUUUUUUUUUUACUGCAAUAAGUUAUUGUGCAUUUUUGCAAAGCAAAUAUUUCCUUUUUUGUGCCGCAAUGUGUGAACUUAUCAUCUGACACUGAUCAGAGCCAUUCUUCCAGAAAACUCAGUGUGUUUAUAAUAUUGUGCUCUUUAUGUUCCCAAUGUUGGUGGGUUCCAAUUAAAUCCCCUUGGCAGCUAUGUUCAUCUCAGGUGCCUUGUACAGGUCGUGUGUAUGUGCUUCAUUAGUCUUCCUCAGUGCUCGACACUGUUGACCUUUUGGAUUUUCAGACUUUCUUGCCUGAGAAUGUCCUUUUGCCGACCAGCAUACUGGAUUAUAUCUUCGUUUUUGGAUUGUUUUUUCUUAAUAAAAGGUAUGAAUAAUAGAAGUUCUGCAUCUCCUUAAACAUUUAGAGUGGGGAUCUUCCAUGUUUUCCUGGCCAAGAACAUCUAAACUGAGG